AGCGGUGAUAGAUACUCUUCGUUUGCGUUUGGCAUUGGUAUGGGCAUUGCCGUCGCUAUUCGAGACCGUCGCGCUCGUCCGUCGACCUUUCCUUUCAACACCGGGGCUGGCCCUGCGCCUCUGCUUCUCGACCUCGACAUCUGCCCCUUGCGCCUGUAUGUGUCUCAGCCUCGCCUUCUGCACCUUGACUGCCUUCUCCCUGUUCACCGGUCGAGGGUCACAUACCCAACACCGGAACUCUUCAGGAACCUUUCCGUCGACAAUGUCAAAACACGCCGCGUGAACCCAGCGGCCACAGACAUCGCAGGCGACGGAGAAACCGUCAUCGUAGUCGAAGCCACAUAUGCAUCGUAUGGCGUCGGAAGAGGUAGAAGAGGAAGAGGUCUUGUUGUUGUUGUUAUUGUCGAGAGGGCGAGGUUGAGCAAAGGCCGUUGAAGGCUUUCGUUUGAGGGGGAUCGUCGGUGAGGGACGAUGAUAGUCGGCGCCGUUUGCAUGGAGACCUAGAAGACCCAGGGCAGCUUCCUCAGCCGCAUCGUUUUUCAUGCCCAGUGGUGCAGUCCAGUGUCACGACCAGUCACGUCCAGUCAAAUCCAGUGAAAUUCAUGCUCAACGGCGGAUACAAUUGUCCA